GGCUCAGCCAAUCCGGAGGGCGUGCCUUGCCCUGCCCUGCCGCUGACCUUAGAGUCCUGCAGCCCGCAACUGUCGCCGGUGCUGCCGGCGCAUCUGCGGCGGAGCUAGAGUCUGGCGGCCACAUAGAGCAUGUCCUCGAUCGGGGGCAUGCGUCCCGCGGCCGGGGAGCAGCCGGGAGUUGGGCCGCACCUACAGGCGGUGGGAGGCGCGCUGCUGCUUUGCGGGCUGGCGGUCCUGCUGGACUGGGUUUGGCUGCAGCGGCAGCGCGCCGGCGGCAUCCCUCCGGGGCCCAAGCCUCGGCCACUCGUGGGUAACUUCGGGUACUUGCUGCUGCCGCGCUUCCUACGGCUGCAGUUCUGGCUGGGCUCCGGCAGCCAGACCGACACAGUAGGCCGGCAUGUGUACCUGGCCAGGCUGGCCCGUGUCUAUGGCAACAUCUUCAGCUUCUUCAUCGGCCACCGUCUGGUGGUGGUCCUCAGCGACUUCCACAGCGUGCGCGAGGCGCUUGUGCAGCAGGCCGAAGUGUUCAGUGACCGCCCGCGGAUGCCGCUCAUCUCCAUCUUGACCAAGGAGAAGGGAAUCGUGUUCGCACACUAUGGUCCGAUCUGGAAGCAGCAGAGAAGAUUCUCCCACUCGACCCUUCGUCACUUCGGCCUGGGCAAGCUUAGCCUGGAGCCCAGGAUCAUCGAGGAGUUCGCGUACGUGAAAGCGGAGAUGGAGAAGCAUGGGGAGGCCCCCUUCAGCCCCUUCCCAGUCAUCAGCAAUGCCGUCUCCAACAUCAUCUGCUCCCUGUGCUUUGGCCAGCGCUUCGACUACACCAACAAGGAGUUUAAAAAGGUGCUGGACUUCAUGUCUCGAGGGCUAGAAAUCUGCUUGCACGGCCAGCUCUUCCUGAUCAACCUAUGUCCCUGGUUUUACUACCUUCCCUUUGGGCCGUUUAAGGAGCUGAGGCAAAUCGAAAAGGACAUAACCUGCUUCCUUAAGAACAUCAUCAAAGAGCACCAAGAGUCUCUGGAUGCCAACAACCCCCAGGACUUCAUAGACAUGUACCUUCUGCACACGCAGGAGGAGAAGGACAAGUGCAAGGGCACCAGCUUCGAUGAGGACUACCUGUUCUACAUCAUCGGGGACCUCUUCAUCGCGGGCACGGACACCACAACCAACUCUUUGCUCUGGUGCCUGCUGUACAUGUCACUGAACCCCGGCGAGCAAAAAAAGGUUCAUGAAGAAAUUGAAAGGGUCAUUGGCCGUGACCGUGCACCUUCCCUCACAGACAAGGCCCAGAUGCCAUACACAGAAGCCACCAUCAUGGAGGUACAGCGGUUAUCCAUGGUGGUACCACUUGCCAUUCCUCACAUGACCUCGGAGAAAACAGUCCUCCAAGGGUACAGUAUUCCUAAAGGCACAGUGGUCCUACCCAAUUUGUGGUCCAUACACAGAGACCCAGCCAUUUGGGAGAAGCCAGACGACUUCUGUCCUCAUCGAUUUCUGGAUGACCAGGGACAACUUUUGAAAAGAGAAACGUUUAUCCCUUUUGGGAUAGGGAAGCGGGUGUGUAUGGGAGAGCAGCUGGCCAAGAUGGAGCUAUUCCUGAUGUUUGUGAGCCUGAUGCAGAGUUUCACCUUUGCUUUACCUGAGGGCUCCGAGAAGCCCAUCAUGACCGGCAGAUUUGGUCUAACAUUGGCCCCACAUCCCUUUAAUGUAACCGUCUCCAAGAGAUGAAGAAACCAUGAGGACUGAGGAGGGAGCCGGCUCCACGUACCCGUCCCACACAGUCUUCCUGUUGCUCUUGAGCAUGGGCCGAGCAGUUCAGCAGCCGGGAGAGGCUCCAGACGAGAGACCCAGAGGGUAAGGGUGCCACACGUGGAGGCCUCUCCGCAGGAUCCUCGAGUGGCUGGUGGUGUCCACUGUCCACGGGGAAGCGUGGACACUCAGUUUAGUUUAUGGGUCCUAUCGGGAACAGAGCUUCUCACCUCUCAGCCUCCGUCAUCCCGUGGUAAAAUGAGGUAAUGAAAUUUCUCUCAACUCUGAGGAGGAUCGAAUGCUUCAUGCCGUCUGUGCUGUGGGCGGAUGCUGGGCAGUUCGGUAGCUCUGCCUUCAGACCUCCCAAGGCCCCUGACAACACUGAAGUAUCAGCAUGGACACUUGGUCAGAGAGGGAUGCAGGUCUAGGUUAUAUCGAGGAGACAUUUUUCUUUGUGAG